GGUCGGAGGCAGAGAGACGGCGUGGAGGCUGCGAGGCUGUCGGGUGUCAUGUCCGGGACCAUGAUGCCUUCUUCCCGGAGGAGUGAGAGCGACUGGCAGGGGCUGGUCAGCGAGUUCCUGGUGUGUCGGCGUAAGCUGGAGAGUAAGACAGAGGCCCUGCUCAUUCUGUCUAAAGAGCUGGAUACCUGUCAGCAGGAAAGAGACCAGUACAAGCUGAUGGCCAACCAGCUGAGGGAGCGUCACCAGGGACUCAAGAAGAAGUACAGGGAACUCAUUGAUGGUGAUCCCUCUUUGCCGCCAGAGAAACGGAAACAAGUGAACCUGGCUCAGCUGCUGCGAGACUCGAGGGAACGAGCGAAACAGCUCGGCGAGGAGGUGAAGGAGCUGACUCAGAGGCUCACCGAGGCCCAGGGGGAUAACAAGCUCCUGAGGAUGACGAUUACUCGACAGAGGCUGGGGGAUGAGGAGGUGGGGGCGCGCCACUUUGCUGCCCAUGAACGUGAGGAUCUGGUUCUCCAGCUAGAGAGAGCUGGGUUACAGCUGGAGGAGAUGGAGCACCACACGAAGGCUCUGACGGACGAGCUGCAGGACGUGAAGGCGGAGCGCAGUGUGUUCAGGGAGAAGGCCGAUCGAAUCAAUGUGGAGCUCAACCACAUCUUGGGCAACCACGAGGCACGCAUCAUUGAUGUGGACGCCCUCUGCAUGGAGAACAAGUAUUUGCAUGAACGUUUCAGCCAACUGCAAGAGGAGGUGAAUCUGCUCAAAUCCAACAUCAUGAAGUACAAGACUGCUCUGGAGAGGAGGAAGAACUCCAGCACAUAUGGGAAAUCAAACAGCAGUCCCCUCACUGGAGUUCUCUCAGCCAAACAAGUCCAGGAGAUGCUCCUGGAAGAGCACGGCUGCAGCCUGCCUGCCACACCUCAGUCCAUAUCCGACCUCAAGUCCCUGGCCACGGCUCUGCUGGAGACCAUCCAUGAGAAGAAUCUGGUCAUCCAGCACCAGAGGCACACCAACAGGAUCCUUGGGAACAGAGUUUCAGAUCUGGAGAGGAAGCUGAAGACCUUGGAGGUUUCAGGACUGUGGAGCCUUCCAGGGACAAGACACAGCAUCGUGCUGAACGACAACCUUCAACCAGAGCUUCAUCCGACACGUGCCACUCCUCAGCCAAUCGUGCAGCCGCCCAAAGCUGUGUCAGGCAACAGAAGUUCGGAGGAAUCAUUGUGGGAAUGCCACACCGCCGGCAGCGACCUUGGCACAGAUGGCGUCGGCGGGGACGACACACCUGCACUGCUCAACAGCCUGGAGCAACUAGCGGGGGUGGAAAUGAAUGGGAUCGACGGGAGAGGAGGGGGAGAGAGGGCGGCGCUGAUGGAAGACGGGGAAGAGGGGCGCAGUCCGGUGGAAGAGGCGGGGCACGAGGUAGAAGGAAUGGAGGAUGAGGAGCUUGAGUCUACGGUGGAGGAGGGAGAAGAGGCCUUGGCGCUGGACGUGCCGCCCACUGAGUCAGAGCGCCCAUGCCUACCGAUGGAACAAGCCUCUUCCGAGUCUAAUAAUGUCACUGAACACGUAAAGGCCUCCGUAUCAGCUCCCGAGGACCAGGCCACAGAGGUGUUGAGUACGGUGGAGUGGGACAUUCACUGUGGCUCGGAGCAGGAGGACACCAGUCACAGCGACAACCUGGCAUGAGCCUGGAAACACCCGAGACGUCGUUUUACAUCCACGUCCGCGUCGUUCUUAUCGAUUAUGGCGUUAAUCAUCCCUCGUUGCAUUCUCGCAGCGUUGCCCCUGCUCACCGGCUCCCUGUUCCACCCGACAGCCCCUUUUUUUUUUAUUUCUUUUUUUUUUCAAGUCAAUAAAACACAGAGAAAACACUUUCACUUCUCAGCCCGCGUCGACAGAGCCGGAGGUGCAGUCGUAGCCAGACAGGCUUGUUACUGCGCAGGAACAGACAAUCUUGAAAUCAAUGGAGUUGCAAACUUCAUGCCCUACAGGAAGAGCGAAGUUCGGAAAAUAACAAACAUGGCAGCCUCAGCUCUCGGGCUCCAUAUUCCCCCCCUCUCCCCCCCCUGUGAUUAGAUAAUCCCAAUUGUUUGCUUUCCUCCUCUUCCUAGGGGAUGCAAAUCAACUCUCCGUUCCACCGUUGCUCUCAUGGGGGGAGGGGAGGUUCCAAAUUAUCUCACCAAAACUUUUGCCUGAAUGUCUUGUAGAUAUGUGUGAAUUUAUAAUGUUAACGUAAGAGAUUCUACUGAUAUCUAUUCAUCUGUAUGGGCGAAUCUCGCCAAUCAUCGUUUGUAUUUUCCCCUCAUUUAGAAGUUAAUAUUCGGAUGAGACUACAUGUGCCUUAUACAGAAUGUGGAAAUGUGAACUGAUAUUUAUUUAAUUAAAAAUGUAUAAAAAUCUG